UUAUUAUUCUACUACGUGCCUCAAAAUCUGAUCAACAAUGGAGCUUUGUCCCAGCUAAUCUCAAGUAUCAUAGAUCACCUGGCUCAGUGCAACAAUGGACAGCGGAAUAGAAGGCUAUCCGAUUCUCAUGCGAUCCACCAAGCUAUCAGAGGCUACUUAAUUCCCUAGUGCAAUAAGUGCCCAUGACCUGAGGAAGCUGAACUUUCACCCAACACAUCUCCUACGCAAUCCAGCGCAGUCCACACCCCAAUAAUGCCAGUCCCUAUACUAGAGUCAAACGAAUAUCGCACAGCGCAAGGAAUCACAUUUCGUGGAUCCUCCAACGGUAGAAUCCUGAAAUCUUCAUUUCAGAAAAGUCUUGGUCCAGAUGAAGUCGUCGUUAAGGUGACGCAUAGCGGAGUCUGCGGGACUGAUUUGCACUACAUGAUGCAGGACAUGGUGUUAGGACAUGAAGCCGUAGGCGUUGUCACAUCAGUCGGUUCAGCAUGUACCAUAUUCAAACCAGGAGAUCGCGUAGGGUGGGGCUACGAGCAUUACUCGUGCGGAUCUUGUACGCCUUGUCUUACCAACGAAGAAUGCCAUUGCUUGAAGGCCGGAUACUAUGGAGCAAGCGAUUUCGACCAGGGCUCGUUCAGUGAUAUCGGAGUAUGGAAAGAGAAAUGGUUAUUCCGGAUCCCGGACGGGAUUAAGAGUGAAGAUGCAGCUCCGUUGAUGUGCGGCGGAGCCUCUUGUUUCAGCCCGUUGAUUGAGCAUUGUCGUCCCAUCGACCGAGUGGGUAUCGUCGGCAUGGGAGGGCUAGGGCACCUUGCAAUACAGUUUGCUGUCAAAAUGGGAUGCGAGGUCGUCGUGUUUUCGCGUUCAGAAUCUAAGCACACGGACGCCUUGGCUCUUGGUGCAAGCGCAUUUUACGACAUUCAACAUGUACCCUCAGAUUUCUCUAGUCUGGGUAUAACCAAGCCCAUCGACCGACUGAUCAUCACCGCAGCAUCACUAGUGGAUAUAUCCCAAUUUUAUCCAGUCUUGUCGCGAAAGGCGAUUGUCAUCCCUCUGACGGCAACGAAGGAAACACUGUCGGUGCCAUAUUAUGACACACUGUACAACGGCGUGAAAAUAAUCCCUUCGAUGCUUUCCACAAGAUAUAUGCAAACGAAAAUGCUUGAGUUUGCAGAACGACACAAAAUAUGUCCGAUAAUCGAAAAGUUCCCCAUGACUGAAGCUGGAAUAGUCGCAGCUAUUGAAAAGCUAAAGAACGGUCAAAUACGAUACAGAGCUGUACUUUCAUGGGACUACUCGAACUCUUGCGAUUGAUUACCCAAUUUACGAUUUUUCACCAGACAUGUUUCGAUGUAUUGGAAACGACUCUGAAGAUGUGCUUUUUUUGAAUGCACGUAAGAUCAUAAUGCUAAGGCGCGGGGAGGCCUUUUGUAUUUUUGGGGGCUCAUAAAUACAUAACGAAGUAGCGCCGGUGAACGGCAGGGCCCGCUACCAGUCAAUGGGUGUCUGUGUGAGCACUAAGUACAAGAUGGAUUAAACGCUGAUGCAGGAUGAGUAGUGAGAUCUGAGAGGUAGUGUUUGUAGAGGUCUGUACUACAAUGGGACCACACCUUGAUUGGUGAUGGCCAAUGUACUUGUAUUGUAGAUAGAAAAAGCGGCG